AUGGAUGAAUACAACCGCUUUGUGGAUUGGGACAAAAUGGAUGUUACUGUCCAGAGCCAGGAUGCAAAGGAGCUAUCCUGCACAGAGUUCCAGGAGCUCAAGCAGCUGGCCCGGCAGGGCUACUGGGCCAAGAACCACUCUCUGAGAGCCAAAGUGUACCACAAACUAAUUAGCAAUAUCCCGUGCCGCACAGUCACCCCAGAUGCAAAUGUGUAUCGGGACAUUGUUGUGAAGAUCGUUGGAAAACGCAACAGUAGCUCCCUUCCACUACCAGAGUUUGUGGAUAACAGCCUAGUCCCCACGUACUGCUUGAAUGCAGAAGGCAUUGGGGCAGUCAGGAAGAUUAUAUUGUGCAUUGCGAAUCAGUUCCCAGACAUAUCGUUUUGCCCAGCACUGCCUUCUGUGAUAGCUUUGCUCCUCCACUACAGCAAAGAUGAGGCAGAGUGCUUUGAACAGGUUUGUCGGAUCCUCGCUUGCAAUGACCCGUCUAAGCGGCUCAUCGAUCAGACAUUCUUAGCUUUUGAGUCCUCCUGCAUGACCUUUGGUGACCUGGUUAACAAGUACUGUCAGGCAGCACAUAAGCUGAUGGUAGCAGUGUCCGAGGAUGUGUUGGAGGUAUACUCCGACUGGCAACGGUGGCUCUUCGGAGAGCUACCUAUGGUGUACAUUGCUCGAGUCUUUGAUGUCUUUCUGGUGGAGGGCUACAAAGUUCUCUAUCGUGUUGCGCUGGCUCUUCUGAAAUUUUUUCACAAAGUCAGAGCUGGGCAGCCCAUGGAGUCUGACAGCAUACAGCAGGACAUUCGGGCCUUUGUGAGAGACAUUGCCAAGUCAGUGUCCCCAGAGAGGCUUUUGGAAAAAGCCUUUGCUAUCCGCCUCUUCUCACGGAAGGAGAUCCAGCUUCUACAGAUGGCCAAUGAGAAGGCUUUGCAGCAGAAGGGCAUCACGGUCAAACAGAAAAGUGUUGCAUCUCCCAAAAGGCAGAAUGUGCACUUAGCAGUUCAUGCUGAGAACUUCAAGUCUGAAAUUGUCAGUGUGAAAGAGAUGCGAGAUAUCUGGUCGUGGAUCCCGGAGCGAUUUGCACUUUGCCAGCCCCUCUUGCUUUUCACCACCUUGGAACACGGCUGUAGUCUGAGCAGGUUCUAUUCUCACAGCGAGGGACACGAACCAACUCUUCUCCUCAUCAAGACCACAGCAAAAGAGGUCUGUGGUGCUUAUCUGUCAACUGACUGGAGCGAGCGCAGGCGAGGAGGGAACAAGCUGAGCUUCUUCGGAACUGGGGAGUGCUUUGUAUUUAGGCUGCAACCAGAAGUUGAACGCUAUGAGUGGGUGAUCAUAAAACACCCAGAACUGGCCACAACUGGUUCGGAGCCAGAAAAUCAUGCCCCACCAGCUUCCAGCACCCUCUCUUCCAGCAGUGGCCCAUCAGACCCCUCCGAUCGCCUUUCUCCCUUCUUAUCGGCGCGGCACUUCAACUUGCCUUCCAAAACAGCCUCCAUGUUCAUGGCUGGCAGCAGCGAAUGCAUCAUUAUAGGAGGUGGUGAUGGCCAGGCUCUUUACCUGGAUGCGGAUCUGAACCACGGAAGAACCAGCCACUGCAAUACUUUCAAUAAUCAGCCGUUGUGCUCCGAAAGCUUCCAGAUCUCUGUCUUGGAGGUGUGGGGCUUCAGGGACACCAUGAACGGUUGAUGUGACUAUCAUUAAUCUACUAGUUUUUCGGUUGUCCUGGGAUUCCCAAGGAAAAUUCUAAUGCAGGAGCCAAGUUGGAACAGAAUUUCUGCUGGACUUGGUGUUUUUAGUAAUUACUAAGUGGUGCACUUGAAUGCA